AUGCAAUCAGUGAUCAAUCAGCCAAAACAAGUCGACAUUUUAUUGACCGCCAGUUCCUCUCAGACAUGGCUACAAAAAAACUUGUUACUAGUGUUGACCAUUGCAUCGGUAAUUGUCGGGUCAGUGGCCGGCAGUUUGUUUCGGUUAACCACACCAUCGGAAACCCUAAUACUGUUAAUCGGAUUUCCCGGCGAACUACUGAUGCGAGCCUUGAAGAUGCUUAUACUGCCGCUAAUGGUGUCGGCACUGGUCAUCGGGUUGGCCACCGAUAGCAGUACCGAUCAUCGGGCAAACAGUGGCCGUAUGGGCCGGCAGUGUCUGAUGUAUUUUACUGGUACAUCCAUGUUGUCGACUGCACUGGGAUUGGCUAUGGUAUUGGUGGUCAGUCCAGGCAAUCCCGCUAUCAAAUCUGGUCACACUAGUAGUAGUAGUUUUACCACCAUUGCACCCGAUGUUAGCACUUUGGACGCACUAUUAGAUUUGGCCCGUAAUUUGUUUCCCGAAAAUAUUGUCGAAGCAAUGUUUGCCCAUACGGCUACCCAAUGGACAGGUAGUCAACAACAGCAUCGGGAACUGGUAUCCAAACCAGGAACCAAUACAUUGGGUAUAAUUGUAUUUUUUGUUUGCGUGGGUCUACUAUGUGCCAGACAACCGGCCCGUUAUCGGCUACUUGUCCAAUGGUUUACCAUUUUGAACGAUAUAACCAUGCAAUUGGUUGCCAUAUGUAUGUGGUAUUCACCGAUAGGUAUAGCCUCGCUAAUAGCCGGCAAAUUGUUGGCCAUCGACAAUGUGUGGGCAUUGGGUGCACAGUUAGGCGUGUUUAUGGCAUUGGUAUGCAUAGGUUGUCUAGUCUAUGGGUUUCUGGUAUUACCCGGUUUGUACUGGUUGGUUGUACGCCAAUCUCCUGUACCGUUUUUCGUGGGUAUCCUACAGGCAUGGGUUACGGCAUUGGGUACUUCGUCAUCGGCAGCGACACUACCGGUGCUGUUCAGGUGUCUCGAAGAUGGCCUGAAAAUUGAUAAACAAGUAACACAAUUUGUAUUGCCAUUGACAAUGGUAUUUCAUAAAACUGGUACAUCAAUGUUCAUAGCCAUUGCCAGUCUAUUUAUUGCCCAAAUAAAUGGCCAAUCAUUGAACCCUGGUCAACUAAUUUUGACAUUAGUAACAUCGGUAGCGGCAUCCAUGUCCGGUGGCCUACCGUCGGGCAGUAUGGUUACCAUUGUACUGGUAUUGUCGACACUGGGUUUACCGGCCACCGAUGUAUCCAUUAUUAUAGCUGUCGAUUGGCUUUUAGACCGUAUUAGGACAUCGAUAAAUAUUUUAGGAAACGCCUACAUAACUGGUAUUAAUUAA